AUGAAUGAAGACGUACUGAAGAAUAUAAAAAUCAAUAAUAAUUUUUUAGAGUUUGAAGAAAUAAUAAAAGACAUAAAUACCCCUUUUAGUUUUAUUGAUUUAGUUGAAAUUCCAUGUGUGCCUUUAGUAGAUAUAUAUGGAUUAUCAUUACUUAGUAAUGAAGCAUAUUUAGAAUAUAAAAAUGGAUUACGAGAAGAUAAGUUAAAAGUAGACGAUGAAAUAGUUUUGUCAUUAUUUUUUGCUGUAAAAUUAUAUAAAAAAAAUAUUAUAAAAAUUAAGUUUCCUUCUUACUAUGAUAUAAUUGAAACUUUAAAGUUUGAUCCAGUUUCAGUAACAAUUGGUUUGUUUAAUCAAUUUUAUUUUGAAACAGCAUAUGAACUAUGUAAUUUAUUACCUACUAAUGAAUGGCCUUCAACAAAUUUUUAUGAUAUAUUAAGAAAAGCAGAAAAAACAAGAAUACAUUUUUUAAUAAAUAAUAAAAAAAAAUUAAACUCCUAUUUCUUAGAAGGACUUACAAACAAAGAAAAAAAAAUUUAUAAAUAUUUUAUUGAAGGUACUUCAAAGGAAAGGGAAAGAAUGAAUAAAGAAACAACACUUUUUUAUUUUUAUGAGAAGGAAAAAUGA